CCUGGUAUCACCGUUCACCUAGAUUUUAGUAUUGAUGAUCACCUUUACAAACGGACAUCGCUAGCGUGGUUCGUGCUGCUAUGAGCUCCCCCACCUCACAUCAUCUCCAUCAUAAUACCACAACAUUAUGCAACAAGUGCGCGGUACAAGCUACGAAGUCUUCAGCACUCAUUUGGAAGCACUCCCAACAGUUUCCAGUGAGCCGGUAGUCGGCACGCUCCGCAAAGAUCUCAAUAUCUCUUUCGCUUUCACGCCGAGCUAUCUCAAUACUACAGUAACUGCUAAGAAACAUUUCGCCGCGGCACAGGCAAACACCACCGAAGCCUCGCCCGCAAACGAAGUAUCCUGUGAUCUCAGCGAUCAAUCAAGCUCCAGCGCCAGCCUCGUCAUCUACACGCCCCCAGACUCCGGCACCGAAAACGACAACAUGGCUUCAACUGCAGGCAACAAAGCCGCUUCACCUUCCCUCCCAGCGGGUACAGGACUAGAAGCCGGCGACAUGUCCUUCACCAUUACCACGACCCACAGUCCCAAGCCCGUCCUCCAAGACCCCAGCGCUGCCAACAUUAGCAAGCGCGAGUACAUCUACUUCCUGCCUUACCCUCUGCCGCCAAACACCGAGAUUCCUUACUCCAUCCACCUCCCGCACAAGAACCCGCUAAACCUACCAUCUCACCAGUUUGAGCCUACAUCUACCUUGGUACUAACAAGCCCCAACCAUACCUUUGUCGAUGUUCGUAUCUACAAGUCCUUCUCCAAGCUCAACAAGAACAAGAACGCCAAUACCCCCUCCCUUCUCCUUUCCACUGAGUCCACCAACCAGGGAAACUCCGCUCACCUAGACUGGGCCUUCGCCGGCACCUCGACCAGCGUACCCGUCACGCCUCCCCCCACAGGCCCGCAGCACGGAAAGUCUGCCAAGAAGGUCACGAAUGAAACUUGGAGUAACGUCACACACUCUACCUGGACGCACUGGCUCGACUCGCGCUUCCCCGUCGGCCACAAAGACAUCCCCGUUGAUGAGGGCGACAUGUACCCCAUUGCUCCCGGGUUGACGCUCGAGGUUGGGCAUGGAUACCAUCCGGCGCUAGGAGCUGUCAAGACGCACGAGGAGAUGUGGAGGGAUGUUGAUGCCGAGUCCACGGAGAAGAGCGGUAGUAAGACCUGUAUUGUGAUGCGGUGCCAACAUGAUGGACCGGGUGUUAGGGGCGUGGUUGUUAGGUUGGGACAGUAUUGUCAGGGUAUCGUCAUGUGGGGAGACAAGGUUACUGUUGAGCGGUGGGAGUGGCACAAUGCUAAGGACAACAAGGACGUGGUUGGUGGAAAGACAGCAAAGGAAGAGGUAAAUCCGUGGAAGAGGACUGUGAGGGUGGGUGAUGGCUUUUUGCCUUGCGGCGUUACGUUUAGGCCUGAGAUUCUGAGUGUGGGUGCGGUGGUCAAGUUUCAGGACUUUGAGUGGGUGGUUGAGGAGUGUUGGGAGUGGAAGUAGGUGGAGGUGCUGAGUGGGUUAGGAUGGUAUGCGUGAGGAGCUGACACGACGAGGCUGAGAUGAGUAUGCACCUGAGCGGACGAGGACGAGGACGAAAUAUGGUUUGUAUGAUA